AUGGAUGGUUACAAAGAAAGAUUAAUUGAAGUAGUCCUUGCAAGGUCUCUGCUCUGGGACCCACAAGAUCCUGACUACAAAGACAAAGAUCAAAAGGCACAAGUUUGGGAAAACCUUUUCAAGAUGCUGACUAUAAAAGAGCUCUUCAUCAGGAUUGUCCAUGAGAUGUUGGAAUGUACGAUUGUGUGUGGCGCGAGGAAUUCUCAAGACAGACACAGUCUUGAAAUGUUCAGCAACAGUUUGUUCCUUGGGUUACAGUUCAAGGAGUCCAGACUUACCCUGAGAGAAGACGGAUCAGUAUCAAAGCUCAGCCUCUCCAGUACAGUACCCCCACCAUGCCCACCCGCGGAAAUAGACUGCAAAUGGACCGUCAGUUUGUUAGUGUUUGAUGAGACGGGCAUCUAUCUGCCGCGUCUCCGAUUUUCCUCCUGCUUUUUGGAACUGAAAGCUUCCGACUGCAUAGGAGGGCGAUGUAACGAACAAAUUGUUGACGUGUCAUUGUUCCCGGAGCCACAGAGACACCUUCUUGAAGAACCCAGGAAAGCGUUCCUCAUUGGAGGAAUAACUUAUUUCGGUUCUGGGGAGUGGCUGCAGAAAACCGUACACAUCAGAAUCUCGUCUUGCGCAGGAUCGACGGCGGACGGAUUUUGCGUGUGUGGAAUGGUCAUCAGGUCAGCGAGUGACGUCAUCGCGUUGGACAACUGUCACGGAAGACAGACCACAGGCACAGUGGAGGUGACGUAUCCGCUUGGCUACGUCAGCGAUGACGUCAAAAUAUACGAGAGAGAGCAGAAUAGAAUGCUGUCGAUUAUUUUUGCUAACGGUCGGAGAGUGCGCGUGUACGUGGCCGACUUCGGCCUGUCCCUGACCUUGUUCCUGCCAGGCCUCGACCAGAACUCCGGUGCUGGGCUCUGUGGCAACAACGACAAGGAUCCAGAAAACGAUUUCCGGACACCCGCCGGCAGCCCAGUGAGGGGCGCCAAUGAGAUACUCAGGACUUUGAGCUUUGUCGAGAGCUGGAGGCGAGUAGUGUUGUGA